CACUGAUUGGUUUGGUACAACAACGACGAAUGGCGUUGCGAGCGGCGGUGCGAUCGUUCGCGGUAGCGCUCAAGCCACAGGCGGCAAGCUUCCAUGCGCAGCGCUUUCACGUGCGCGAGAUGAGCUUGUUCUCAUCCAUCAAAGACAACCUUACGGAACGCUUGGAAACGCGCAAAAACGAGAAGAGUGUCCAGGCCUACAUCGAUCAGAUCACGUUCUUGGCCAACUCGAAGACGUACACCCUCCAGGAUCACUUUGAGCAAAUGAAGAAACAAGCGGAAUCUGGUGGCGUGACAGGGUGGAAGUCCAUGAUGCCGGGUGUGUCGUCGAUGCCCCAGAUCCAACAAAUGAAGGCGAGCUUGCAAAUCAUGGAAGCUAUGGAGCAAACCCAUCGCGACAACCCGCAGCUGAUCAACGGCAAGGUCAAGCGAAUAGUCUCGGAGAAAGUGGGGCAGUCGCUGGAAGAGAUCAACAACACGCUCCGAUCGUACGAGCAGCUCAACUCUCUCCGACUGUGGCUGCGCAAGCGUGUCGAACGCGGGCUGCCGUUGCCGGACUCUCUGGACAGCACCACAGAAAUGCUCCGGGAAGACCCCACGGGGUUCCCGACCAAGAACUUGCGCCCCAAGCGCCGCCGUUAGAACUGUUGGGCUCGGGAUUAUCUCGGAUAUUGCAACGGCAUGCCUCUGCUGUUCACGGCCAUUUUCAACUGCAGCAAUAAUGAGGAUAACACUGUGCAUGUUGCGUUCUCGUUUCGCUAAUGACGCCAACGUCGUCUAUCU